AUGAUCAGUAUUGGUUUGGAUCUUUUAUGUGUUAGCCUUAGAUUCAGAAAAAAAAAUAACAAAAAUGCUAUGUUUUAUUAUGUUUGCAGAACAUUCAUCAAGGUUAUCCCACAGAGACUUUGUUGCGCUUUCUUAAAGCCAGAGAUUAUAAUGUCCACAAAGCUCACAAAAUGGUUCUUUCAUUCUCUUUGCUUCUUCUUCUUCUUAUAUCAGCCCUUUCUCUCAGGGCUUAGACUAAUGCUUGCAAGUGUUCAUAGUUGCUGGACUCUUUGGAAUGGAGGACUCAGAACGAGAUUGACAAUAUACUAA